UCAGACUGCGUGUGCUCCUUCACUGCUGCUCUCCAUCCAUCCUUUCCCCUCUGUCUUCUACUCUCUCUUUUUCUCUCCAUCUCUCCUCUGAUCUACUCCCUCUCUUGUUCUUGACACUCACCUAACAUUUUCUCUCUUUAUCUCUACAUCAGUGUCUCUCUCCUCUCACCACUAUACUCUUCCUCUCUCCACACAUCAUCCUAAGCCCAGGUGUACAGCACCUGUGCAGACUGGAGUUUGUCGGGCCGAGGCAGAAGGUGUUUCUCUUUCUUUUUUUUGAGUGAGGGGAGGGGAGACAACACCCAGGAACGCCUGACCAACAUUUCAUCCAGAUAUGUGGAGACACAGGAACUGAUCCUCUCUUCUAGCUUCUCCUGAGCUGUUUGUUUUUCUGUUUUUUAACUGGAACAACUGGAAUGCAUAACGUGGACUGAUGGAUGUUUCCGAACUGUGCAUCCCUGACCCUCUCUGCUACCACAACCAGUAGGUGCAUCUUUUCCCUUCUCUUUUGUUUCAGUUUUAGUCAACAAAAAUCCAUUUCAAUAUUUUUUUAAGUUGAGAAAAAAUCUUUAAUAUCUAAACAAUUAAGGACCAAAAUCCCACACUGAAAGUGAACUUUCUAGUUCCGAGUCUGCGGUAUAAGCUCAACUCCAGUUCUCUCUGUAUGGGACAGCAGAGUCAUUUGUGUCAGUGAGGCUGCAGUAGUGCAGCCUGCAGGGUGUCCAGGUCGGACCGCUGCCCUACAGCUGUCUCGCUCUGCAUUAGGAUCCAGGGUUUAACCUCAGCCGCAGGGAAAAGCCAGAGGCAGAUUAAUGCGGGCGAUAUUGGACUAUCCUUUGGCAGCUGCUGAUGUCCGGCUGUGUCCCACUGAGAGAAAACUGUGACUGUACUGUAGCCCAGUCUGAGUGAAAGUGUGUAUGUAUCUGUGUGUGUAUGAGUGUGUUCUUGAAAGACAGGUGACAGGUGUUUGUUUGCUUUGUGAUUUUGCACUUUCCUAAUUUGGUUGUUUAUGAUUAAAUUAUUCCUAAAUUAUAUUAAUUAACUACACAAACUAAGGGAUUUAAAAAGUGUCAGUAUACAAAAAAGACAAUGCUCCACUUUGCACGUCAUUUAGUAUUCAGUUUAUAAGUAAAAUUUGAUUUACAUUAAGUCAGGAAACAAACCGGCAGAAUAAAGCAGAUCUGAACUUCUGCUCUGGCUGUUUCUGUUUAGUUACUUCACUUUGCUCAUUGCAUGACUGGUAAGACCCUCUCAUCUUGACAAAACAUGACUGGACAGAAAGACCCUUACUUGGAUCCUCAACAUGUUAAGCUGAAGAUGGGAUUGUAACGGUUUAACCUGCUCAGUGCUUUUGACAGGACUCUUAUUACCUCUACGAAGAAAAAAGGAAGUCCUUUGGUGAUUCAAGCAGCACUCUAAUCUAAUUCAGCCUGUGCAUAAAAGAAAGAAACUUAAACUCAAGAUGCAUGAAAAACUCCUAAAAUGGACACUUAAUCAGCUAGUACAUGUUUAGUAAGAAAUAUGUUAAAAUAGUUUAUCAGUUUAUCAGAAGGCAUCAGUAACAGUUACAAGUUUGAGAGAGAAUUUUUCUCUGCACUUCACAGGCACUCAAUACCAAUUUAAAAUUCACAUCUUUAUAUAUAAAUAUUUUUUUCUUAAGUUUUUAUUAGCAAAUUUUACUAGAGUAAUAUAGAGAAUACAUCAACAAUUAAAACUGUAACUAGUGGCAUGUUUAUCAUCAAGUUAGUAAAUGUAUUAUAGUGGGUUUAACGUUUUUCCUGGGAUCUUACAGAGGCUUGAUUUCUUCCCCACGUGUCAAAGUACAAAUCCUUCCCACAUUUUAUUUUUUAAAGCUUUGACGUUUUGUACAGAUUGCAGAAUGGUUGAUGAAAAAAAAAGCAUUUCCUUGAACCUGUUAAACUACAUCGUUUCGACUUUUACAAUUCACUUUAAACGUUACAAACAUUUGAGUUAAUUGGAGUUAAGUAGAAAAGGCAACAAUGCAGGACUUUUAACCCAAACCUAUCCAUGUCUUAUCAUGUACAGUGUCUGUAUGUGUGUGUGUGUGUGUGUGUGUGUGUGUGUGUGUGUGUGUGUGUGUGUGUGUGUGUGUGUGUGUGUGUGCGUGUGCGUGCAUGUUUUCACUGUGUUUUUGAGAAUGACUGCAUGCUCAGAUCUGUAUGUCCCCCUGCAUGUACAGAAACAUUUACGUGGUGAACUGGUUGCGUGCACGUUAACGUACCAUAUAAAAGUGUUUAUAUUAGACGUUCAAAGUCUGAAUCCAUAAAUGUUUCUGAGAUUGACUUCUCUGUGUAUCACAGAACUCUUUGGUCACAUUGGACAGAGCAUUUUCACUUGUUCUCCCACGUUAGAGUUGAACAAGAACUUACAAAGCUAAUAUCUUUGGACAUGUUUUACAUGAUUACGCUUUGAAAUCAGUGUUACAUUUUCAAAGGUUAGUGAAGCUUGCGUCAACGUCUUCACAGGCACCCCAAACCAAGAUAGCAAAUCCUUUUGAAUAACUGCACUUAAAAACAGUUUCAAAUCUGCACUAUUUGCCCUGAAAAGAGAAACUUCAAUAACUAGUCAAAUUGUCUGUCCGUCUAAAUUUGCCAUCAUCAUUACAUUGUCAUCCAGUCAAACAUAUGACAAAUGAACAUAUGAAGUCUUCUUAUGAUGGCCUCACUGAAAAUCUGUGUAUGUAGUGUCACAUAAAGCUGUUCUGUAUGUGACACUAAAGAGGUUUGUCUUCACAGAUGCUAUUAAUAACUCUUAAAGGACAUUUGGCCCAACGACUCCACCAGCUCGGGGUGAGAGGUCUCAGGACUGUUUGUCCCACUGUCACGCCAUCAGUCUGAGGAGGCAAAUAUACUUUUACAGCAAGGAUCACAGGUCUCAUUAAUGCUGGAAAUUUGAAAAAGUGUUCAUAGAUUGAUUAAUGGAGCUGCAUGGAACUGUUUCCUCCUCUAGUAUUAUUAUUUUUUUUUUUUCUUAAAGGAAGGAAAAAGUUUAACAUGCAAUAAAUAUUUUAGUGUUUAGAGAUGGGACAUGCAGUGAGAUGAAAAGUUCUUAAGUGCCAACAUUUUUUGGUUAACUUCAACUGAGGCAUACUCACAGCUAUCUUUUUUUCCUGUCCCUCGGGUUUCUAAAUCGGUUGCAGAAAAAGCGUUUUUGUUCAUAGCUCCCUCGGACUGGAACAAUCUUCCAGUAUAGAUACAGUAUCUAUCAGGUCUGUUACCUCCUAUCAUUCCUUUAAAAAUGCCCAUCCCUCUUACUUCAAAAUUAACUGUACGUGUUAUCAAGAGCAUGACCACUUCACCUGCUGAACUUUAACCAUGCCAUGUUCCGCCUGUAAAUAUUCGUCUCUUGAAUGUGAUUAUUACUGCCCAGAACGCUCACCACAAACUGAACCAUUCUAGCUCAGAUAUGCCACUAGAAGGAUCUGGUGAGUUUGUAUGCUUAUCAUAACCUGAUCGCUUGGUUCUGUCUUUUGCGUUUUUGGUUUUUUAUUUUCUUGAUUUGUAGGUAUUUACUUCUGUCUAGUUUUUUGACAUACUAGGUUACUUCUGUCGUGUACUGUUCUGUUUGCUUUUCGCUUUGUACAAUGGUUUGUAAACCUUUCUUUCAAGUGUGUAUUUAAAGGAUCCCCUUGAAAAUGAGAUGACACAUCUCAAGGGGUUAUUCCUAUUAAAGAUUAUUAUUAAAAAGGUUGCAGAUGUAAGUGUAGGAUCAGGACAGAAACUAGAUCAGAGUGUAUUAAUUUGUCCGUUACUUUUUAAAAUUAUUUUUCUGCUUUAUCAGUCAGAUCAUUUUGAAUUAUUCAGGACAAAAUAUUUCCUGUGGUUCUGUUUGUGUAGAUACUUCUUUUGUUGAAGACAAUCCUUUUAUAUUCAUAAAUACUAGAUUCCUUCCAACACACAGUUUUACUCCUUUGUUAAAUUUUCUAUCGCUGCAUCAUUUACACUUCAAGUUGAAAUCUUGUUUAUGUUUAUUUGACUGUAAUAACUCAGAUCCGUUUUUCUCCCGUCCCACCUGCUGUUCACACUGGUGCCCUUGCAAGCAUACACAGGCAUAUAUAACCACUGCUGUCAGAUGUAUGCACACACACAUAUUCACACACACGCAUAAACGGAGACAACCACAGACACACUUAACACACGUGCACGCACAUAUGUACAGAUGAGAGCAAAGAGUCACACACUGACCUGAGCUCUAAUUUUAGUGGAGUCACAUCAUGGAAACAAACACCUGACUGCGUCUGUUCAGAGAGACACAUCAGCGUAUCAUGCAGUGAAUCUGGAUUUGUUUGGGGAAUUACUCACAUGGUCAUAUUAUGUUUUAAAGAGUUAGUGAGUGUCGUUAUCAUUUACUCAAGAUUAAAAAGUCAAAAUAAGGAUUACAUUUUAUUUACACAAUGUUUUUAUUGUUUCAAGUGGUAUUUUAUUGAAUUUAGUAAAGGAAUGAGCUAAUAAAAACAUCAUGGAAGAUUUGCUGUGUGAGAAAAAAUAAUCAAGAUUUCAAUAUAGCCGAAUAUUUUAACCAUUAGCAGAAAUAUAUUUCCUGGAAAAGCCUCCUGACAUAGUCUAUCUUAUUUCAAACCAAAGUAUUUAACUAUUACAGCUACAAAGUUAAACAAAUAAUAUGACACAUUGAAAGGUCACGGUGACGCUAAUUCUAAGUUUUCAAGUCCGCUACACAAAAACUAAAAUUUAAUAUGCGAUUCUCGGCUUAUAAUUGAUCCUCAAAAUCUUUUUUUGUACCAGAAACAAUCCAUUUAUUUUGGCGUUUAAAUCCUACUGUCUUGAGUGUAAACAUAUGAGACUGGUGUUCUGCUGGCUGGUCAAUCACUCUUGAGUAAAAAAAAAUUUGGCUGUUUCAAGCGCACCUUUCUGCACUUCAGUAACAUAAUCGCGUUGCUUUUUUGUUCCAAAAUGGAUGGAAAUUUUAAAACAUGACACCAGGGUUGAGAUAUAAUUCAAAUUUAAGUAUGACAGGCUGCUGACAGAACCAGUGAAAACAACUGGGCCGCCAACAAUACCCAGACCAAUGACGGACAGAGGGAGCAGGUGGUAGGUCAGGGUUGUGUUGCGUUCCCAUUGUGCAGGAGAAAAAGCUUCUUUUCAACUUUUAUUUGAACACCAGUUUAGUUUAGUUUGUUAAGUUUUAUUGGAAAUAGAAAGAAAUAUUUCCCCCUCCUGCUCUUCUUUCGGUGCUCAUACUGCCGUGUUUAUUAUUGGCUGCUGCAUAAGCGGUCCGCUGUAUGAGUGGAGCUGUGUAAGCAUCAAGAAAGGAGAAAUAACUUCAUUACAUGUCAUGACCCUUUCUUGAUAUAGAUACAGCCUUUAGGCAGCCUGUCAAGGACUCUGAAUCCAUCAGCAUAAAGAUGGAUGCACCUCUGCAGCGGCAUAUCAAUCAAAACACAAAUGUUCAUUUCAUGAAAGCAAGCUGCAGAGACGACUUCUUGGAAAGAGUUUGUUUUAUUGAUCAAAUUAAAAUUAACACACACAGUGAAAGAGAGUGCGUGUAAUCAUGGAGUGUGUGUCGGCCGGCAUGUUUAGUUUAAUGGGCCUCAUCGUGGCUUCACGAGGUCUCACAUUGUGAACUUAAUUCCUCUUCAGCACAUUCAUUUGCAUUGUGUCAAUUGACCGGAGCGCUCACUGUAUCAGCCUGAGUCGCACUUGAAAUUCAUCCCAUGCCCUAACACCAUUAGGCAAAUGCAAAGUUGUGUCAUUUACACUUUUGGAGGAGAGGAAAAAGAGGAGAGAGAGAGAGAGAGAUGGAGAGAAAAGCCAAUUUGCAGCGGACAAGACUGGCUUGUGAUUAUCAGUGGAUGUUAUUACUGUGGAGGAGCAGACGUUUGAAGGUUAUGUUUCUGGGCAGUAAUUGAAAUGCAAAAUAACAUUAGGAUCGAUGGCCAUCUCUGUUUAUUUAUGAAAUCAAUAUCGUAACUGUCCCUCACGAGUCCCCCUCUGAUUCCCAAUGACGGCUUAAGUCUCCACUCGUUUAUUCUUUCGCCUUUUUCUUCUUCUGUCUCCUUUUUAAAAGGCAGUUAGGGGUGUGUUUGACUUUGCAGAGAGAGCAAUUUCCUGGAGGUGCAGGACGUGUAUGUAGAUGGGGGCCGAUACUCCAGGUAAAGAGACAUAAUCCAUGUGGGAAAUAUAUGCACUCGCUCCUGGUGGCAGUGACAUUGAAGAGGCCAUAUGCUGGAAGUUAGCUGUUCAUAAGUGUUUGUGUGAGUACGGCCCCUGGUGUGUGUGGUGUGUAAGGUUGUGUAAUUAAGAGUGACAGAGAAGCUGAACCAAAGUUUAUCUUCCAAUCAGUACAAAAAAUAUGACAACGCAGUCAGAACUUGAACUAAAAGUUCUUUAAUCAUGUUUUUUUGAAUUCCAUCAUCUAGACAAAAGACCCACUUGCAGCACUUCAGUUUCCUGAUUUUUAAAGAACAGAUUUUUUUUUUAAUUAAGUUCUUUGAAAUUCUCUAAAACUCCUUAGAUAAGAUUAGAUAAGAUAAUAUGAUAAGAUCAUAAGACCACAUAGAUAAGAUGUCAUUUUUGAUAGUUCCAAAAAAAGGUCCACUCUUCUAAACAGGUAAAUACCAUCAUGCUAAAGUUUAAUUAAAAACAGUAGUCAUAGAAUUUAAAAAGAUUUCUGUGAUGAGUUGUUACAAGCGGUAACGGGACUGUCACUGACCUCUUGAGUUUUUUCAUACAACAUAGGUUUUUUUAUCCAAAGUAAAACUUGGAAGUAGGUUCACACAUGAGGUUUAAAUAAUUGGGCAUUUGGUAUCUGCUGAUAUCGAUACCCAGCCAAUACAUUGGUACAUCCUUAGUAACACGGCCAACUUUAUUAUGAUCAGAGAAUUUAUUCUUAUCCUCAAAUACAGAACUUUAGUGACGGGUGUAAACCCUUGUGUUAGAAUAAUUGAUUCAAAGCGACUUAUUGGAUUAGACAAAUUUCUGCACAAAACAAGAGACGAUCCAACUUCACCUUUGAACAAUAUGUCAAAUUACUACUCUACUAGCGACAAAUUUCAGGUAAUUUUGGUGAUCAUUUACAGGAGUUUGCUGGGGGUUUUUUUAAGUGUUUGCUUCUUAUGCUUCUGUACAAAAAAAAUAAACUCUACAUCUCUGAGUUUUUUUUACCACCGGGUGGUUAAAACAGCAUGAAUUAUAAGUCUGCUUUGUCUCUUGGACACUUUAAAAUGGAGAUUUUUCAUGUUUUUGGUUAAUUUACAGAAAAAUAAACAGAUUUAUUAACACAAAAACAGAAUAGUCUAAGAGCUGAACUAAGCACAACAUAAUAAAAAACCCCAAUGAAAUACACUCCUGAUAUGUAAAAGUUCUCCACAAAGACGACACAAAAUCUUACAAUUAACUACAACAUGAAGGUUAAAAAUAAUCUGAGUUUGCUGAGCUGCUGAAAAUGACAGUGAACUAUCUACAGUAAGGAGGCGAAGACUAAACCAUUUCCUCCUAAUCGAGGCUGGUUACAGUGCAGACACAGGUCCUCACAAACUGCACUUACAAAGAAGUAGAAUUGUGUGUGUUCAAUAACCGAAUAAAGAAGUACCAAGGUUUAAAUACAUGGCUGUAUCGUGACAAAAAUCCACAUAUUAUCAUAACAAUGCAACAAACGCUCUAAUCUUUCUCUGGGAUACUCUCCAUUAUUUUCAGCAGUAUAUGAAUCACACAUUUAAAUGUAAGAACACACACUUUUUUUGCUGACCUUCAUUUGUGCCAACAGCGUGACACACACAUGUUGUUGUUACUACUUAACACUCGGCCGACACACGCCACCACAUUUUCCCGCUCGCAUAACCAUUCAUUUCCCAGACUCCCCGGCUGUGGACUCACGGUGUAAUCUAUGUGUCAGGCAGAGAGGGGCACUCCGUUUAAAGCUGAUAGAGUUUGCCCCAAACAAGGACAGCCUAUCAUAGAAAGAUUAAUGAACUAAUUUCAUGCAUGGCUCCUUGCCUCUGUCCUUCUGAGCUUCCAUGUUCGGCUGUGUGUUCAGCGCCGUGAUUUAUGCCGCACUCCCUACUACAGGCUUAACCCCAAGCUCAACAAUAACAUUUCCCCUCAGUGGGGAAAUACUUAGUAGAAUAUGGUGAACGGGAUUUUUAACCAUCUAUCUCCAAAAAGCUGGAGUUUAUCGUGGGGAACUAUUUUGAGUGUGCAUUUUAGAUUUAUUUCUGUUUUUGAUCUUUUUUUUAUACUGAUUGUGAAAUUUAUUGUGCAGAAUUUUUGGGGCUGCAGAUAUAAUUUAUGGUUUAGAGAAGAGGUGGACGGAUUCAGGAUUUAUGUAGGGAAGCAGGGGAUCUGUAACACUGCCAGUAUUAGGAGGCAUGCCAAAACACACACACACACACACACACACACACACACACACACACACACACACACACACACACACACACACACACACACACACACACACACACACACACAAACAUUUUAGAAUUUAAGCUGCUCUGGCGGGACCUCUUCACACCCAUCGCACUUUGGCCGGCAAACAAAAGUAUUUAAACCAAAAAUUAAAAAAAAAAAAUUCACUGAUCUGAGGAGCAUGUGAGGCUGUGUCUGGGUCAAAUGAAACAUAAUGGACAGCUCUGUAGUGCUCUCUUUUUUCACUGUGCUGAACAGAGUGAAACCUGUGUGUCUUCUGCUCGAAGGCGUCUAUUGUGAUCCCGUCUGGGCCUCUAAGAGCAGUUGAGCAGAGACGGCAGGUGACCUUCACAUCUGUCUGAUGAGUAGUGCUUGUCCGCUCCGUUUGUACCAUUUUUCUGCACGGCAGAGCAAACACUACCUUAUUAGAUAUGAGGUGCAAUACGCGUGUUUCAGUGUGUGUGUUGCCAAUAGAGGUGGGUUAAGGAGAGUCAGUCUGUAUGUGGAAAACUCAAUGUCUCUUAAUAAUAAGAAGAGGAGGGACUAAAUUAUAAAACUAUGAAGCUAUUUCCGUCUGCAUGAAUUGGCGUCUCGUGCCAUUAUUUCAUUUCGACAGAUUUGAAAGGAGCCAUUAGAAAUUUCCAUUAAAGCUAACAAAAAACAUCUCCCCUGCGUUACUGUGUGCUAAGUGUGGAAUGAACUACUUUUUACAUACGGCACAACGCACUACUCCACAGGGGAUUCCCCCCUAUCUGGCUGCAAUGAUGUAUUAACUGUUAACACGCUGCUCCCUCCAAUUCCCUCACACGGGAGAAAAUACACCUUCCAAUUGAGUGUGGGUGCGCUGAUUGCUAACAAGAUUUAACGUGAGCCCUGUGAAUCUUUUAUAAACCACAAUGUAUUAUAAGAUAAUGUUGUAUUGCUCCGUCUCGCACUGUGUUAACAGUCCUGGUUGAUUAAAAAUGCAUAAGGAAUGUCUGGGACCCGUAAGAGGAGGGUUUAUUUUUUCAUCUGGAGCAGGAAGGAAGCAGAGGAUCAAUAGAUCUGAUCUGCACCCAAGGGUGAAGGCCAUCUCUUCCUCCUGUUAGCAGUAAAAAGAGGGGUUUCAUGUUGUCAGGGCCUGAUGACUUCAUGGCUUUAUUUAAACACGUAUUCAAAGAGAGGUGGAAAGUGGCUCCUUACCACAACAGCUGAUUCAAAAACUACAGACAACAACCCCCAAACAAUAAGAAUAAGAAAUCUGGGCUUCCUCGCUCAUUUCACUUAGAGACUCGGAGGGCAGAAAUUGUGUGAUUUCAACAUCAACUCUGACUGACAGAGACAGCAGUGCUGACGUACUCAGGCCUCCUGUUUUGUGAAAGAGGGUUUUAUUAAGGCCACUGAAGAUACAAAAACAUACACAGGGCUGAAGAGUCACUCUUCAAGAAUAGCACUGAAUGUGUUGGUCAGUCACCAGGUCAAGUUUUAAAGUGCAUGAGGACUUUUGACUACUGAAAGGGAGUGAAACCUGGGUUUACAAAGGACCUUGUACCCUAUUUUUAAGAGACAAAAAAAAACAGUCACAAGCAAAUCCUUGUGCAAAAACACACAUCAAGAAUUGUUAAGCUUAUUUUUGAGUAAAUUAUUAAAGUUGCAAAACAGUUUUAAAAAACAGCACCUUGGAUGGGUGAAAAUACUCCUAUAACCCUGUUGCUACUGCUACUGCAACUGCUGCAGGACAGUCACCCUCAAACUCUCUUCAAAGUAGCCAUUGUGAACAUACCCAAACUUGGUAGCAAGAGAAAUUAUUUCUUGGUAGUUGAAAUAACGUCAAAAAUCUGUUCAACAUUUUUGCUUUAAGGCUUUAUCAGUGAAAUGAGCAAAAUCCACAACUUGCGUUCCGAUCCCUUAAAGCUGAUCCCAAACUUCACCACAUUGAAGAGAGCAACGCAACCAUGGUUAUUUUAAAACAAAUUUGUACUUGUUUUAUUUUCUGCAGCUAUGUCAUAAACAAAUGUAUUUGUUGUCAUUGACGAUACACAACUCACCUUUUUCUUUUUUCCCUUUCAGCUUUAUUUUUAUUUUUUGAGACAGCUGUUGCAAAUAUGCCUGCUCCACAAAUACACUGAAUGUUCCCAAUACACUUAUUGAUAUUUUCCCCAACAAAUAAACCAUAAUGAAUGAAUUAAUGAAAAAUAAAUAACCUAGUAUUGAAUUUUAUGUUGAAAAUGGAAAAAGAGCCAAGUCAUCUAAUUAACAAGGUGAUUUAAAGUGACACUGGGAUGCAUUUGAGGUCAGGUCUAACAGGUGAUAAAGGUUAAUAUCAUAAUUUUAUUAUUGUUUGUAAGUUUUAUGUUUCAUUGAAGGUCUGUUUCAUAUUAGUUGUGAUUAUAAAAGCAAAGAUGUUUUUCAUCGUGCACAGAAACACACGUUAAAGCAUUAAAGCUGGCUGAAAAAGUCUAAUAUCUCUUUGUCGACCAAAGAGACAGCAAACUCAAUAUAGACUCAGAUCAUCAAGGAAGCUUGAUAAUGGUAUCCGUAUUGAUGAAAAUAAAUAAAUAAAUAAAAAAAACUCAUUCCUACUAAUAAAAUAAUUUUGUGUUUAAAUCACCUGAAAUGUUACAGGACAAAUUCGACGCAUAUUUUGGUUUCAGUGAAGAUAAGAACAACUAAGAAAUAGUUGUGUUUCUGUGAUGCGAUUUACAUUUAACUAUCAUCUCUUCAAUUUUAGUUCCACAUCAAACUUGCAAAUGAAAUGGCAUUUGAAACAGUCACAAAUUUAGCCUUUACAGUUAGUAAAUGCAGACACUUGCUGUUAUCAAAAAACAACCUAAUAGCUUCAUUGGGGGGUGGGGGGUGUAGGAUGCUUUCGUGAAGGCAACAAAAGUAGUAUAGCUAAAAGUCAUUUAAAAGUGGUAAAGACUGGAAAAGUAACACUUUUCCACAUUUUUAAAUAAAAUUUUGGACUGUGGAACUUAAUCUUGGGUCAGCACCUCUUUCUCUUCCUCUCUCAGACCUCUCCCUUCAGUCCAGUGUAACCCGGCACCACCCCUUGGCAAUCUAACUGGGACUAUUGAUCGGGUCAUGUAUUGCCCAUGAUGCUCCAUAUGCUGAGUGUAACACCUCUCUGUGUCCAUUAACAGCCUACUGAAGUUUCAUUCAUUCAUUUAGUCCUGGCAGACGACCAACUGUGGGCAUUGUUUGCGAGAUGUAUGGAGCAUCUGUUGACAAGCUCGUUAGUUACCAUUUUGCUGCAGAGAAAUAAGCCACAGUAGUAGAUCGCCUAGCAUUCCUAUACAUAAAUGGCCAUGUCAGUAACAUAAUAUAUCAAACUCGGAUAGACUGAAGCAUCACAGCUGAUGAAUUUCUCUGAUACUUAGGCGAUGAUCAGGCCAUGAUGGAAGAAGGCGAGCAUCAGAACAUCUUGUUAGACUUCACAUGACAGAUCAGCUAGGAUAAUUUCCUUGACACUGAAGUUUCUGCUGUAGAGUUACUUGUUACGAUGUUCCUUAAGGCUGUUCAGACAACCUGCGCUUGUUUGCAUGCGGAGUAAACAUCUAAUGUCUCAUUUAUGUUGUUUGGACUUCAUGAAAAGAUUAAACAAUCCAUAAUCAAUCUGAAGAAAUCUUUUUUGUCUGAUAUUUUUAAAAAUAAUACUUUAAAUGUUAAAUUAUUUUGUUGAAAAAAAUGUCUUCAUGUUCAUUGAAAAAAAAAUUAUGAUUUUUGUUUUUAUAAAGUUUCAUUGUGGGUGUUGCAUUGUGGGACAUUCAUGUAAAAAGUUUUCCAAAAAUCCUGUUUUGCUUGGUUGUUUUUGUUUUUUUUUUGUUAUGGAUUCUUAUGUGCGUACUCUGUUUGUGUUGAGGCACGUCUUCAUUUUAACACAGCAUUUAUCCAGUAUUCAAACUGUAAAAAUAUGAAACUGAAUUAUCUCUUACAUUUCUUUGUCAGUGUGCAAAUCUUUCUUUCUUACUCUAACCUUACAUUGGUGAACCAGUGAUUGGCAAACACCUCUGUCGUUUGUUUUGUUGUUCUUCAGGCACUGUCUGUUAAUAUGUUGCUCACACAAGAUGUCCGUUUGAUUCAUUUUUUCACAAACUUUUAAAAAACCUGAAUACAGCUCUGUGUGUCUUAUUCCAGGUUGCUGAACAGGAUGCCCACUGAGGACAGACACCUCUCUUCAAGCUGCGGUUCUUACGUCAAAACUGAACCAUCCAGUCCAUCCUCCUCCCUCAUAGACACUGGGAGCCACCACAGUCCCAGCGGCAACUCCGACGCCAGCGGAGGCUAUGUGAACGGCAGCAGACACCCCCACACCCUUGACUCCCCGCCAAUGUUCAACCCAGGCAUGCUGGGAGGCAGCGCCGCCUGUCUGCGCCGCUAUGAGGACUGCUCUGGUGGUAUGGCAGACGACUCGCCAGUCAAGUGCGAGUACAUGCUCAACGCCAUUCCCAAGAGACUUUGCCUGGUGUGUGGCGACAUCGCCUCUGGUUAUCAUUACGGGGUGGCCUCAUGUGAGGCCUGCAAAGCCUUCUUCAAAAGGACAAUACAAGGUAUUUUCUGCUUUUUUACAACUUUUACUUAUUCACUCCAAUGCCUGAGAAUGACAAUGGUAACAGUGCUUGUAAUUUCUCCAGGUAUUAAAAUUGUCAAAAUAGAAAACGUUAUUCCAGAAAUCAUGAUGAAAAAGUACCUUUUGUAUAAUGACUCUGGAUACAUUUCACUCACUUUAUCAUGACAGCGUUGAUUACAUGAGCAGCAUAUUUACCUUGUCAGAAACGGAUUCAUCCGUCCCGUCGAACCCCCUGCUUUAAAGGAGUAGUACGUGGUGGUGAUUGAGAGUCGACAGCAGACUUUGGUUUGGGCUUUUAAAAGGGAUGCCUUCUGCUUCCGUCAGAGGUGUUCUGGUUGGGUUGGACCAGUAGGAGGCCUACAGAGGGACCUUAGGCUUGCUGCAGGGAAUGUUUAUCCCAUCUAGUCUGGGACCAUCAUUAGAUAUCACAGGAGAAGCUAGAAAAAGUUGCUGGGGGGAAAGAUGUCCUGGCUAACUAGUUAAGACCCCCACGACUUUAUCCUUGAUAUGCAAGUGGUGGUCAUAUGGUGUGGCUGUCUUGGUCUGUGUUCUCUGUAUAUACAUUUUUGCUAGUUUUCAACAUUGUUUAUUUCAUUUGUUUUAUUUGUUGGUUCUAUUGUGGGGACAAUAAAGUGUAUUGCAUCGUCAUCUUAAUGAGUCAUAUUGUAUCGUAUAGUAUUGUACUAUACUGUAUUGUAUCAUAUUGUAUAAUGUCAUAAUAUCGUAUCGUACUGUACUGCACCGUAUUGUAUGAGUGCAAGAUAAUGGAUGGGUGGAAUUUUAUAUCCAAAGCCGAAAACAUACAGGAUCCAUAAUGAGUGCGUUCUAUCAGCGACACGUCUCUGCUCCAUCGAGCAGCACUGUUUAUCGCCCACAGGAUGCAUAUUUGGAGCGUAGCAGCAGCGAGGUGCAGCCUCGGUCAGUUGGACUCAGUAUAGAGGAAACAACAUGCUCACAACAGGUUGCUUUGCCUUUCUGUGGUCUAUUUCCUGCUAAUUUGGAUAUAAUUCAGUAACCAUUAAGCCUCUACUAUAUGUGAAAAAGCAAUGUGAUUUUACAGUUUUGAUUUUUGCAGGUUUACUGGUGUUUAAACGAGUAAACUAUGUUCCCCUAUGCCUUUAGACAGAGUUAGCAAUUAAAAGUCCUGUUGGGGUCCACAUGGAUCAGGGAUUGACCAUCAUAUUCUUCCAUGUUACUGAUAAAUCCAUAAACAGGAAGUAUUUCUCAUCUACAUGAACUGAUACACAGUCGGGAGUUCGCAUAUGGUGUUUUAUUUUGAAUUUUACUGGAUGACAUGCACGGUGUUUGUGCUUGACAUCCUGUCUAGAAUGAUCUUCUCUGUGUAGAUUGACGCAUGUUGGAAGCGUAGAGCAGGAAAAAUAGACUCAGCGCAUAUCUUAAGCAGAACCGCGUUCAACGCACUGCAUUGAUUGCUGCAUUGAUUAGAAUGGCAACCUACUUGCUGCGUGAUACACAAUGCUGACAGAAAGCACUGAAUACAGAAUUGAGUAUUUCUGUUACGUCCGUUAGCUUGAAAAGUUUUGCCAAUACAAAAAGAAAAUGGCGACACCUCUUCCCUGAUGUGUCUUUGCCAAAUUUAUGUAUACAAUAACAGUUAAGAGGAAAACUAAUGACAUUCAUCAUGUAUCUAAAUAACUUUGAUGCUCACCAGACAUUUAUAAAAGGCUGUCAAGCUGACAGAAUAUAUGUUUAAUUUCCUCAAAAUUAAGGACAGAUUUUCAAGGCUCAUGCUUUGGUAUGCUCAACCCAUAGUGUUUGUCUUCAUCCCAAGUCAGUUGUGGGGCUUCUUUUCACAGGUCCGAAUAUCAACACAAUAAUAUUUCAGAGUAAAAAUCAUCUUCAGAAAUGUUUGAAAGAAUCACAGAUAUUGUGCGGAUUGUUUAAGAGGAAAAAGAAAAGAAAAAAGCUGUUUUAAGCUUAUAAUGACAUUUUAGCCUUAUAUUUGAUUCUUGUAUCUGAUCAAUAACUAGUAGUUUUAAGGCUAGGUCUGUCUCACAACAGUGACAGAGUGUAAAUGUUGGACACGUGACUUUGUGUUGUCUUCUCGCUCUUCUUUGUGGAGGACAGGCCCGCAAUGGACCUAAUCUGUCCGUCACUCGUUCUGAGCCGCUGGUGCUUCAGUCAAUAACAAUCAGUGUAGGGUGACUGUAAUUAAGAAGCAGCAUUUCAUUGGGAGAAAGUCAAGAGAGGAGGAGGAGGAGGAGGAGAAGGGUGGGAGGUGUGGAUCUGUUCUUUGCCCCCAGGCCCCUCCAGCCCACACCCAAGAGGGGCAGAGAAGGGGGGGACCAAUUAGAGGCUUAGGCACAUGUUUCCAGGGGGAAUAACAGAGGGAAGAGAGAGGGAUGAAGAGGAGUCCUCCAAAUGAAAGGCAGAGGGACAGUGGGGUAGGGGAUGUGGUCAUUUACUGAAAGGAGAAUUCAGUUUAAUGGAAUGGUAAUCAGGGAGGGAGGUCCCGGCCUCGCUAAAGAAGGAGGGCAAGGAGAGGUCCGUCCUGAGUGGAGACGAGUGCGUGGAUAAUAGCAUGGCAUAACAAUAUAUCAAAAUUUAGAGGGAAAAUAAGAGAGGUUAAGGAAGGAUAUUAGAGUGGCUGACAUGUCCUUUGAGGAAUAAAGGUGGACACAAGACCUGAUUAACUAAGAGGCUACACCGACAGUGAGCUUUUAGAGGCGGGCAAUUCAAGACUAUUGUGGACCCCAAUGCAACACACAGAGACGGACAAACACACACACACACUGGCACAGGUUGUUUUUGGUCUUUUUAGGUAUUGAAUGUUUUCUCUGACAGUCUUUCAAAAUCGAAAAAAAAAAAGAUCAAGAAACAAAAGGUGGGAAAAGCUGAUAAGCCAACUGUGACAAUAGUUGUCUGACCAAAAUGAUCCUUUUUAUUUACCAAUGUAUGAUCAUUGUACUAACACUAAAUGGUGGAAACUUUUUAUUUCUUAAAAUCUGACACUUUUAUGAUAUAUAUUAAUACAUUCUCUAUGUAAAUGGGACAAGACAGUUGAAUUUGUUUGAAAAAGAAAAACUAUACAGUAAUGCGUAAGCUGAUGCACAGCGUGUGUCUUCACAGCUACACUGUGCUGCCUCAGUUUAUAAGACUCUACCCACCAUGAAACCUGCUGCAGCCUCUGCCAACAUGCUGCCAAGAGGCCUCUGCCCCUCACUGUGCAUGUGACCCCGCGGCUCUGUCCAUGCCAGGGAUCCUGACAAAUGUUGGCACCUUCUCCUUGACCAACAGGGGAUUGUUUGUGUGUAUUAAGGGGGUUGCUGGUUUGCUGUUUCAAGUUACAUUAAUAUAUAUCCAUGGACUUUGAUGUAACAUUCACACAAAUGGUUCAGAUACUCAAGUUAAAGAGCUAAAUACAAUGAAGUAAACCUUGAGGGGGAAAGGCAGCAGUUACCGCAGUGAUUAAAUUGCGCAGACAUAUUUCUGUCGUGAGCCAACAAUCUUCGAGACGUACUUGAAUUAUACAUCAAGCUUUGUUACAUGAUAGGUGUACCUACGAUUUUGGAGUCUAGACUAACAGCAGCUCUCAGUCUUUCAUAGAGAACAUUAUGCAGAGCACUUGGUUGUGCAUCCAUCUCUGAGCCUUCAUGCUGUUGAGGCAGGGCAGCUUUCCCAUCAUCCUCCAGGUGAAGAAGGAUGGGCUGCACAGGGUCGUGGUGAGCGCUGCACAGAGGACGCUCUGCAUUAAUGAAGCUAAUUUAUCUGUGAAUCAGAGAGGGGGGAGGGGCUCCAGGGCGGGGAGAUGCUUUUUACAUGUCCCAUCAAAAUUCUGCUAAACCCUCCUCUCCUUCAGGGGUGUCACACGAGGUCACCUUGGGACAAGUGUGUGUGUUACUGUCUCUCUCUACCUCCCCACCUCCUCCUUCAUACCAUCCCUCCCAGUACAAGGACGAUAUGCAGCCUUUUUGUGUUUAUAUAUCUGAGGCCAACAUGUUUUUUUUUUAUCUUGUGCAGGAAAUAUCGAGUACAGCUGUCCAGCUACCAACGAAUGUGAGAUCACCAAAAGGAGACGCAAGUCAUGUCAAGCGUGCCGCUUCAUGAAAUGUCUCAAAGUUGGCAUGUUAAAAGAAGGUGAGUUGAUCUUCUUUGUCUCAUUUACUGUUUCAACUUAGUUUCAAGUAACAUUAUGGAGAGAUGCCUUCCACCUCUAUAUUAAAGUCCCCUGCUUAAUCCAUUGUCCUGUCCUCUCAAAUCAAAGGCAUAACACCCAGAAAAUAGAACUAGAGAAUAUGCUCUGCAAUUGUUUUAACAGCAACUUCAAUCAAACAUUUACCAAAAUAUGGCAAAAUAAAAAAUAAAAAAAACACAGAUCCCCUUACAGUUUUUGAAAAUUAACGUUGUUGCUGUAUGCUGUUUGUCAAUAUGUCAUUCCCAAACACACAUAUUGAAGUGAAUUGGCAACAGUUUCCAAGACGACUAUAAGUCAACUUUUGAAAUAUUUUUGACACUUUGCACAUGAGUAAGGAUCUGAACAUUGUGUAAGUAAAAUGUCAACUGACCAGAGCUUAUUUACAAUCAAUACGAUAAUGAUAAAAUCAUUUAUUUGAUCAUUUGAAAUUAAAAAUGGCAAUAAAACAAAGCUAUUGCUGUGAGAUAAAAAUAAAUGUUAGUAAAUUUUCAGGUUUUGAGUUAUAAUUCAUAAUCAUAAAGAUAAGAAAAAAUAAGCAGUUAUAGCAAAUUUAGUUUAGCAUGGUCAAUAAUUUCACUGAGCAUUAAUUCGUUCAACAUUUAAAGUUAUAAAUAGAUUUUAAAACUCAAGCUUCAACAGUUGACUGUAGGAGUUUAAUACUGUUAAAGACUUACAGGACCUACAGUCCAGAAGAACUGGAUCAGUGAUCAGUUAUAAAACCCAGCUGUGGCCUUUGGGAGAUGCUGUUUACAUCACCCACCAGUAGUGCUAACCUUCCCUCACACCGCCAAGCCUCUCACCACGUGGAAAAAGCUGCUGAAUUGUAUGUUCCUACUGAGACUGACUGAGAAGUGUAACAGUACUCCUGGAAAGCACAGGCUGUUCCCCUGAGACCUCCAUCUCUCCGGGGCUCUGGGUGCCUCUCUUUCUCUCUCUCUCUUUCACUCUCCCUCUGUUUCUCUAUCUCCUCUCUUUGUCUGUGUGCCUUCCUCUGUCUUUCUCUCCAUAUUGAUCCACUAAAUGCUUUCCGAACAUCCCACCUCACUUCCUGCCUGUGUUGUUUCUCCUCUGCUGAGAUUCCUCUGGGAGCACAGAGGGAAAAUCUAACCCGUGCUUUUUUCUCUUUCUUUUUUUAAAGGGAUGUUGUUUUGUUUUGUUUUGUUUUGUUUGUUUGUUUUUUUGCACCUGUGUUUACCUUAAAGAAUAUUUCCACGUUACUGCAAACAGUCAAGCAUAGAGUUUUUCCUUAAGUGAGACCUUAAAUACCUUUUGCUUAUCUUAUACAUUUUUAAAGACCUUUUAGGGUGUUUCUGUCUUUGACCCCUGACACAUUUAAUACAUUAUGAAAGUGAUGAUGGUUUUUAGUUACCCAGCUUAUUAUUUAUUUACCCAAGUAGGAUGUUGAUAGAAAUGUGGGGUGUGUUAAAACAUACUUAAAACCAUUAGUUCUUGCAAAAUACUUAACAUUAAUCAAAGAUGGUUGGUACAUUCACACAGUAAGUGUGUCCACAUUUACUCAGGUGGUUGCACUGUGCGAUCGACACUGCAACAUGAAUUUUUGAAUUUUAAACUCUUAUUUAAUGCCCCGAAAGCAGUUUGUUUAAAUAAAUGUAUUAUUGUGGCACAGUAAUUAAGCAGUAAAGAGCAAUACCAUUAUGUUUUUGUUUUAGUUUUACUUGGAUUGGGUGGGAGGUGCAAAGGGAGAUUUAUAAAGCAAAGUUACUGCAUGAUGCAUGAUGUAAACUUACAAUGCUAAAACCCUGUGUCUUACUCACUUGUAUCAUUUAAAAGAUAAUUAAUUUUGAGAGACAAAUAGUUUCUUUUACAAGAUUUAGAAAGAGAUGUUAAAUAUGUCUUAAGUUAUCAGACUUAAUUUUUUUUUUUAAGUGGCAUAUUUAUAUAUUCAGUAAUGAAGACUGUAAACGGCAGACUUUUCAAGAACUCAUCCCAUACACUGAUGCUGACUGAGGUGGAGGGGGUCGCAACAAUCCUUGCUGAAACAGCUAACAGAUCAAGCAGAGAGGAAAAAAGGGUCUAAAGUUUGGCAGCAUGGAAGGAGAUGAUUGGUGGAUAUGGAUGAGGCAUAAUCUGAUUGAAGUAAAACUUAAGUGAGUAAAUGCCCAUGUCAGGUCAUCCGAGGAGCAGGAGAAGACAAAAAAGAAGAGAUAUACAGAGUGAUUUUGGUAAAUGAUAAUUAAACUACUUGAUAUAUGAUUGAGCUAACUUUGCCUCAUUUAAUGAGAUGCCCAUCUUAAACAAAUAUUUUUUUAAAAACGUUGAGAUAUGAUGGGAUAAGACGGGAUAAGAUGCUAUAACUCCACCUGUACCUCAAGAUCUCACUCAACUUUUAUCACUUUUAAACUUUUUUUAAACUAUGGUGCUAAUUUGCCAAAUAUUGGCUGAAAUGGGCUUCAUUUGUUGGUCACAAGUAACACACUGAUGCCUGACCAGUAAUGUGCCUCUACCUUCAAAAGUUUGAAAGAAACUUGUUGACAGAUGCAUGAAACAUGACUUAAUGCUGCACAAUGAAUAUUACAUUGACUAUUACUAUAAAAUUGACAGUGAAGUUAAUAUUUAAGACUGUAGCUGUCAGAAAUUGGCAUGAUAAGGUGCCAUGUUUUCAAAAUGUUUUUAAAUGGCAUUUGCUGGCUUCAACAUCUCUCUACCAGUAUUGAAGCAGCUUAGAAAAUGAGACUCCAGUUAGUAAAGGCUGUGAGCCGGCAGGUUAAUUUCUGGAGUUCAGCCUACAUACAACUAUGACAUUGCACUUAUUACAUAAUCAAUAGCUCUAAUAUAAAGAAGAGUACUGAAAGAUUUCUGUUUAUAGGCUCCACUUAGAGACACAUCAGCCAUAAAUAAAUUUCCAUAAAUAAAACUCUGGUCAUACAGUUUUGUUGUGAUCCAUGAGCAUCAAACACAUCUCAUAAUAGAAAGCAACAGCAGUAAACAGCAAUCUGCGCCGCUAACACCAGAUUGUAUGUCAGGCUCCUGGUUCACUUCCACUAAUACAGCCUCUUCAUACACUGGCAUCGCUCUGUUUGCUCAUCUCAGAAGGAAGGGUCAUACAUUGUAUUGCGAUUACAGCACUAUUUAUACACGCAGUUACUCUUGAUGUCUUCAUCCUGGCACAAACAUCUAACACAGAGCCUUUGAAUCUCAGCCAGCGAAAACUACAAGCCUCAGAAAUAAAGCUGAAACUAUUAUCGCAUGCUUAAAAGAAAAACAGCGGGGUAUUGUCUGCGAGGGUUUGAGUUAAGCUGUACAUGUGGACAGUCAUGUGUGUGUGUGUGUGUGUGUGUGUGUGUGUGUGUGUGUGUGUGUGUGUGUGUGUGUGUUGUGUUAGGGGGAAUUUGACUGUAAACUCUACCGCCUGCCGUUCCUGAGAUGCGGCAUCACAGCCGCCAGGAUACGUGGCACAGUGGGGGAUUCUCUGAAAGUAAUGGCAUUCAUUUAAAGGGGAAAAGGACAUUCAGUCGUGGCACAGAGCCCAUGUGAUCUUGGAAUCAGUGGGGGACAGUGACUAACCUACUUCAUGUAAUGAGAUCAGCGUAUAACAAGUGGCCAAGGGCUGGCCAUGGAAAAGGAAUAAUCAGUGAGGGUAAUAUUUAAGCAGGUGUCACGUUUGGAGCAAUUUUAUCAAGAGAUCAGCAUUACACUGCAUUUUUGUGCACACUUGAUGCCCUCUUUGAUUGUUUAAAACCUUGUGUUGUACAUCUGUUAUGUCAAAGUUUCCAUACUAUAGUUAGGUCCACAUUUUUUAUUCCACUAUUCUUUCUUUCUUUUCUUUUUUUUUGGAAUGGGGAUCUGGAUCAUUGCCAAAAAUGUUUACACAUACAAGGGCAUAUGUCUUAGUGUUUUUAGUUGUCAUUUUUAUUAUAUAAAUAAAAUUAAUAAAUUUAACCAACACAAACUGUGUUCAUCUACCGUCAGAUUUCUGACUUGUUGCAGUACAGCAGAAUCAUAAGAUCCUGAGAGGUCACAUGUGGUCAUUCUAAAAGUGUUUAAUAUUUCCACCAGGACCCUCUAAGCUCUGCUCUAAGCAUGCCGCCCUGAAUUAUAAAAUGCCAGCUGUCACAGUUAUAGAGCAGCUCCACUGGUGGGCAGAGAAACCCCUCCUCCCUGAAACACCUGCCGUUAAUCAGCUGACUCCAGCUCUCAGGGCUGGUAUGUUUGGUCCAGGUGUGUUAGGAAUCCUGUAGGUCCAAAUAACACAACUUUAUUUUCUCAGUACACUCAAUCAAAAAGGAAGCAAAUGUUUCAUUAAUUUCACAAAAAAAAUUCAGCUAUAUGUGAAUAAUGUAAAGGUUUAAUAGUUUCAGGCCUAUUUUGUGGUUAGUUUUCAUCACGUAAGUUUGGAUCUGAGUGGCCAUAUUUUAAAGGGAUAAUCCGGCGUAAAUUUAAGUUAUGGUCCAACACACCAUAACAAAGAGUUAGACACCCCCUCGAGAGAUGGAUGUUGCCAACUGCUUGCUUCUCUAGUUAUACCAACUUAGGUAACGACCACAGGAUAGCAAUACACAGCGGUCUACGUCUCCAUGUACAAACCUCAACCAAAAAGUCACGCUAUAGCCACAAAUAAUGCUCAGAACAGCACCUAACUUCAUCAACAGUACAUACAGGGUCUCAGCCAUAGCACUAGCCAUCAAAGAUCUUUUUAGCUUUGCCUGAUUUCUUUAGCAAAGAGACUAAACUCAACUCACCCACUGUCCUCCAACAGCCACUUGUUUGUGGGGGCCCUUGACGAGUCAAUCACCGAGUGCUUUAAAAGGACAGUAUAAGACCAUCAUGGACUUUUCUGUCUGAAGCAAAAGGCAUCUGUUGUGUUUUAUUUCAGUCAAAAACAGCUUACAUGGGGUACGCUAGCUUGCAAGGAAAAUUGAUUUGAAACAGAUUUUACAGCUGUACAGCCAAUAACCUUGCUUACCUUAAUGGGUUAUUUAUCCACUGUAAAUUUCUUUGCUUUCUUUAAAGUUAGUUUUUCUAAUACUUUGUUAGCAAGUAGCUAUUGUGUUGACUAUGCAUUAGCUAGUGAAGUAAUAACUUCAGUGGUUAACAGUGUGUGUAACAUGAAGAUUGCGCACAAGCUACCUUUUAAAAAGUAAUUUUCAAACAUAUUUUUUCAGAAGAUAUAGCUGUUAUUCACCAUUCAGUUUCAAAUAAACUGACUUUAUGCAAAGCUAGGAAGCAAAAAGAGGUCUUUAAACAAGCUCAGGAAACAAGCUAGAGAUAGACACAACUUCCAGUGUAUUUGUAUUAGACCAAAGUCCAAAGGCAUGGAAAUAAGUGAAAACUUAUUAUUAGUCAAGUAUUUCUAAAUCUUGUUGGUGGUCAGUUUGUGCUAUCUUGAGUGAAUUGUUGUUUUAAUCAGUUUUAUGUCCCAUUGUAUAGCCUCUGAAAUUCUCUUUUCUUUAUGUUGAGACAAAGACAGGUUUAAGAGCAAAACUCACAGUUGUUCUUGCAUGAGUCCUCGUAUUUCUUUUUUCUACACUUGAAAGAAAAUCUAACUUGAUCUUCUCAACUGGACUCCAGUUCUGAAACAUCAACAACCAUGCAGUCAAAACUGCAACCAAAGCUAAAACUGAAACGACCCCCAUGCUAAAGGUAUAUUAACCUUAAAGGAAAUGUGGCACAGAUGACAGGCUUCUUACCAGAUCUUUAAAGCUGUGCCUCAGGGCCCUUAGAUGAGUCAGGUGGAGUGUAGCAGCCGAAGAUAGCAGCCAUCACUCAGUGACCCCUUCAGUGGUGGAUGUAGGCUGAUAAAAGGUCACAGGUCUAGUGGAAAAACUCUCCUAAUUACAAUCCAUGGAAGGUAUGGUGUCAGCCACUCCUGCCAGGAUUCAGUGCCCACAUCUAACAGCAGCACUAAUAACCACAUAUUAUUACUGCACAAUAUUGAACUAUUUUCUGAAGGGCAUUAGCAUUUUUUGACUUUGUGGUUUCAGAUGCUAUUUUGGUUUGUUUGUUUGUGUGUUUUUUUAUGAAAAUGGAGGACCAGCUAAAAAGUUUGUAGUUUUUUUGGGUGCUGAAAUAAAAUUUUGGGGCUUAGAUUAGAUAAUAAAGUCACCAUGAUAGCAUAUUAGCAUGUUUGAAGCUAUUCUUUUUAAACAGACAUACACCUCCCUCAGGCAGAUUCAAUUUCUGUCAAAUCUAAACUUUUAAACUGUUUUAGUUAUUUUCUUCAUUCUUCUCUCCUGGCCGGUUUCAGUGUUUGCUCAUCUUUUGGCUGUUUUAUUUCACAGUUAUGGGGAUUUUUUGACGAUGACACUGUCAUGUGGUGGAUGAAUACAAGCUGCCAGACUAUUUUGGCAAUCUACACCGCUGUCUCGCCCUCACCAGACCACAGAUAGGGAUCAGCAGUCUUUCCUGAGCAAAUGUGGCUACUGGUGUAGCCUUACAGCCUUAUUUUCCUCCAGUCACAUACACAAAAGAUUAGUAAAGCCAUGUCCAAUAUCACAGCCUGUCAGGUCUCUUUCCAAUCAAUAGGCUCGGAUCAGAAACCAAUCUAAACACCGAGAUUACAUCAUUUUAAUAGAGAUUAAAGAAAACAAGUCUGUCUUUAAAAUUCUUAUAUGUACAAAAUCAUUUUAACAGUUAUGUUUUUUUUUUAAUUAUCUGUGUUUUCAAGAAGUUAAACUGAUAAACAAAACGCCUGCAAACCCGAACCAUUUGAUUUAUACUUGUAGCACAAACAUUUCCAUCUGACAGCACAUGUACAGAGUCUUGAUUACUUUUUAAGGGUGUCAUAGCAGCAGGCAGACUACAUCUGAGAGCCAGUGCCCACCCAGCGGCUCUGCAACCGCCUGUCCUCACUGUCUGGCAGGUGAUAGAUCAGACGCGGAGGCUAACACGUGUUCCUCUGAAGAUGGGGAUUUAGCCAAGCACUGGCCUCUUCACGGCCCUCUGAUACACACAGUGGACUCAAGAAACACAUUCAUGUUCAUGCCAAAUGUAUAUAUCUUGUCAAGUGACAUGGAGUCGGACCUUGAGGUGCUGUCACCCUUCACCUUUUUCCCACAUUUGUAAAAACGACAUAAACAAAUCAUAUGCUGCUUUGACACAAAGGGUAUCCUGAAUCGACCCGGCCGUCUCCAGCUGCGCAGAUGUUUUUCGAUUACAACGCAUUUGUGGUCAGCGUGGCUUUCUAAUACACAGUAAUACCCCUUGUGGACACGCCGACUCAGAUUUAUGAAAAGUGUAGCAGGUGGGACGCCAUCCUCAUACACCCCUUCUUCUCCUCCUGCUCCUUAGCCCAUUUUCUUAAGCAACUCCCCCUUCUCUGCAGCCCACCCAGAAUCUGCUCAAUCUAACAAAAGCUGUCCGAUGCCUUUAGCUCUUUGCACACUUGCAGACUUGACCCUUGGAAGUAACACUGAAAACUCUGCUCUUUGUAAAGAGCGGAACAUCGUGUGUGUGUGUGUGUAUAAGGGGGAGAUCUGCAUCUCUCUGAUUUUUCCCAGCUAAAAUAGGGAUUCUUAAUCUUCUAAUCUCCCUUUGGCAGCAUUUGCCAGCCAGCCAAACCUGACACAUUCUCCCAAAAGAGGCGCCUCUGACAGGUGAGGGGCUCAAAAUAGUUAUGGAGAUACAAACACACAUCUAUAGUAACACUUGUUGCACUCUGUGUAACACAUACAGAUAAAAUAUGCAUAGAUUUGUGUAACAGGAUAGUGAAUCAACGUCCAUCUACACUAAAAAGGUAUAUUAUGCUUUUUAUUUGACAAUUUGCGGCUUGGCUCUUUUUGUAAUUCAUUUGUGUUUUUUGAUUUGUUUUCUCUGCCUAUUAUUCCUCUACGAAUGUCAUAUAAUUGACAAUUUUUCUUCAAUUUUGUGUUUCAUUUUCCAGUGUGCAGGCUAUAGUAAAUAGUAGCUAUAGUAGACAUUACUUUUCAGUUAUCUCAUCAGAACCAUGCCCUGAAAUUUAAGGGGUUUCAGAAAAGAAGAUUUCAUUCUUAAUCUUUACAAAAAAGCAGCACAUGGUGUACACUCUAUAAAAAUGAUUAAAGAAUUUUUAGACUCAGUUAGCCACAAAAAAGCCAUAUUAAUAUACAGUUGAUCAGUUUCUAGAACUCUUUGAUAUUGGCACUGUCUAAAAUACUUGUUUAGGCCAUGUUAAGAGUUUUUUUUUUUUUUUGGUAACACUUCAUUUGACGAAAUUCUCUGUAACGCAUUUUAAAUACAUGUAUAAUGAGUCAAAAUCAUGUUAUAGCACUAACACAACAGUUAUAACACAUUAUAAUACCUGACCUUGCAAGUCAUGAUAAAAUGCUCAAUAAUGUGUUAUGAUUAUUGAUUAUCAUUUAUGAGUGUUUAUAUCUAUAGUUAUGCAGUGCGAUAACGUGAUUCUAACACAUUAUUCAAAGAUUUUUAAUGUGUGAUUAAUGUGUGAUAGAGAUAGGUUUCAAAUAAAGUGUUCCCUUUUUUUGUGAAUCUACUACAAAAUACAACAGAAUGUAUAAAAUACAGCAAAUCCAUGUGCAGUUUGUUUUAGACCUCUGUUUUCAUGGAGUGUUAAUGUUAUUUAAAUACCAUUUUUAAAAGAGACAGGAAAAACAGUAUGACACCUAUUUUUUAAAACGAAAAGGGGUCGAAAUAAUAAAAAAAAAAAAGACACCUAAAAAAAUAAAUCAAAUGUCUGACAUACAGUCACCUCCACACAAAUGCAAACAGCCACUUCCAUCAGGAAUGCGCUUAAAGCUGCAUGAGUCAAUAAAGAUAUUGAAUGUGAAAGGGAUGCUGGGGUCAGGUGGCCAGAAAGAUUGCUCCUAUGCAAACAUGCCUCAUCAUCUUCCCACACAUAUGUGAACACACACACACACACACACAAGCACACACACACUAGAGUAAAAAACUGUCAGCUAUACGUCUGCGUCUUAAGUCAUCUCGCCCACGGUCAACAUUAGGUUUUGUGUAUACUUUAUUCUAUAAUCACACUGAGCUCAGAGCAUUUAUCAAACUCUUAUACCAGCUGAUACAUCCACAUUUUGGCUGCCACACUUUAUGAAAGGCAGACAGCCAUAAAAACGUAUUAGGACACUUUAAAGAUGAUCUGUGCACCCGAUUGGCUCUCCCCCUACAGAGUCACAAGCUUUCCUCUGGACCUGAUUGUCCAGCAGCGUGGUGUCCGUUAUGGUUUUGGGUCGGAGGUGUGGAAUGUGCUGCUGAUGAUGACACAAACCCCCCUCCUCUUUCUCCCCCUCGUCUUCCCCGUCCCUCUUUCCCUCCACAGCGCUCCACAAGGGGCCUCGUCCAGCUGUCUUGUUGUGGUCAGAUUCUCAGUACUGUGCUGAAUCACAUGGGGAGGAGAUAAUCCUGUGCUGGCUGGGACCGGCAGGGUUGUCAGGGAGGAGACGAACACCCAAUGCUGAAAGGGAGGGAAAAAGAGACAGAGGGAAAGUGGGGGAAAAAGAUACAGUCAGCCAACAAACAGAAGCCUUUUCUGUCAUAUUCCCUGACUCUCAUAUUCUCAAAGAUCUUCUCACCCCCCUCUCUCUGUCUUGGUGACUUUUCUCUGCUCUGGGUCUCUGCUGUUCGCCGCGCUGUUAAGCUCUAAACUGAAACUGGUUAGCGCUGAGCUCUUAAUUCUUGUCAGCGUCUAUUAAUUAUGGGCCAGUUGGAUGUUCCAGUUCAAACAGCCCCCGCAGACCUUGGAAUUCAAACUCCGGCUGUUUGGUCACUUGUCACUCUUUGCAACCACAUGACCCUGCAGCCCACAGUGAGAGCGCAGUGUCUGUAAUUUUGUGUGUUUCUGAAUGUGUGUGUGUGUGUGUCUAUGGCAGUAGAUGUAGGGACAAAAUAUGCAGCAGUUGUCUUUCACUUAGGCAGACAAACCUGUUGUAUAUGCAUUUAGGAUAUCCACCUGUUUAAUAUGGUUUCCAUUGUUGCAAAGGCCCUCUUUUAAUACAUGUAUCUGUGUUAGGCCUGUAUGCUUCAUUAAGUGUAGAGGAGCGAUUGAAUUGCUUUAAUAUCCAGAGUACACAUCGCCCACAGUUUCCCGCUUCACAAUUUAUAAUUCUGAAUUUACCUUGAACAAGAAUAAUGGUAGGAAUAAGAAGUGAUGCUCCAUCUAUCCCAAACCCAGCUCCUAGCUGCCUAACUGACUAAUUAAGACUGCAUCCACAUGUGUUCAAAGAACAAGAAGUCUAUUUGUGAGCCUUAUUGAUUACUUAAAGGCGUACAAAUGGAAAGCUGUGCUAGUAGAGGGGCUCUCGAUUUAGCUUCAAUCUGCCAGGCAUAAAAUGAUCUCACUGUGUUUGCUGGGAAGAAUGAGCUCCCUCUGGGCACGCUGGGUAAUUAGGUUAGUGGAUAGUCGGUGUCAGGAAAUUGAAAGACCAUCCUAAUCGGAUUCUUUUGUUUCCAGGGGAAUCAAAGGAAUUCAUACGAGUCACAGGGAAAUCUCACACGACUCAAUUCCACUUGACCAUGUAAAAUCUGUUUGCUCUCCCUCGAUGCUCAAACAACUUUUAAUACAAGAGUUUAAAUCCAGCACACAAGGUGCAUUUAAUGGGGCCCUUUCCCGCCCAGAUGGCUUUUAAGAUUAUCCCAGAUAUGUCCGUAUGUAUACUAACAAGAUACUUAGUCGCCUCUAUCUCUAACAGGGACAUAUUGAAAAGUCCUUUCUCCAGUUAAAAGGUCAAAAAAGAAUUAAAAAGGAAUAAAUAAAAGGAACCCAAACAUUAUGUUCUAUGCAUUAAAGGCGACCAACACAGGCAUAAAUGACACAUACAUUAUAACCUCCUGAUUUAUGUCCAAAUCUUUAUAAAACUGAAAAAACAAUAUAGAUUUUUGUAAUUCUAUCGAUAAUAUGAUGGGCCUGUCUUGUAUUCUUAGAGAUACAUAAUGAUCACUUUAAAAAUCAUACGUCAUAGAAAUGAUUGUUUUGUUGGUUAGUGUCUCGUUUUGAGUGUACUUUUAAAGGUGACAAUUGUUUUUUUUUCUUCUGCAAAUCAAACAAAGAAUGCUGUGAAGUCUCCCAAAUGUGUUUGGUUUACUAGACAUCUAUACAUGUGCAUUCUGUUUUCCAGGUGUUCGCUUGGACCGGGUUAGAGGGGGGAGACAGAAAUACAAACGGAGGUUGGACGCGGAGAAUGGCGCCUACCUUGGCCUCUCCAUCCCCCCUCCUGCCAAGAAGCCUUGUGAGUCACAAGAUUUUUUUGAAUUGUUUUUUACGCUUAACCUUACUUGAUUCUAAAUAGUUGGUAUUUACUUCACAAAAUAAAUCAGUGGAAACUUGUGUCAUUAGUCAACCUGCAUUUAGUGAAAAACAGCUUACGUCUUCAUACAUCUCUUGCAUUUUUGUUUGCUAGCAUGAGUCAGCAUGCAUUUUUGUCAUGGUGUCAUGUUGGAAUAACAACCCCCUCUCUCUUAUUUUUCUUUGCGUCUUUUUCUUUAUCCUUUUAGUGACAAAGAUCGUCUCCCAUCUAUUGGUGGUGGAGCCAGAGAAGAUCUAUGCGAUGCCUGACCCCAGCAUGCCUGACGGAGACAUCAAGGCCCUGACCACACUGUGUGACCUGGCUGACCGUGAGCUGGUGGUCAUCAUCGGCUGGGCAAAACAUAUCCCAGGUACAGAGCUAGGACUGCUGAGGAAUGACUGAAUGUUAUUUGAAAACCUUUAGUUUAUUUUUGACAUUGCAAUCAUGUAAAAAUUUAUUAUUACAAUUUAUUAUUCAACGAUAAAUUACUGAUGACAUAAGGAAGAAAAGUGGAGUUAUCUGACCUUUAACACUUUAAAUCUCCUCCUCAUUAAUGAUUUAAAUAUCAUUCAUAAAAGGCAAAUUUGCAGGGGCAAUAAGUAACCCCUGGUUUGUGCUUCACUUUGCUGAAACAGUCACAGUAUGAGAAGUACAUCAGUGACUAUUGCUCAAAAAUACAGACACCCCUCCCACACACACACACACACACACACACACACACACACACACACACACACACAAGAUAAUUAACAUCUGCUACUCAUCUGCUACUCAUCUACACCUAAGGGAGAAGCUAGUUCCAUAUUCUAAAAUCUAAUCAAUAAAGAGCAGCUGAAACCUUUGAUUUGAGGGGGUGGAGUGGGGGAGUCUUGGGUGCAGGGGAGGGGAUCCGCCCCUGUGUCAAUGUAUUCCAUUUCAAUCCCAGACUUAAAGAAACCAAUCCUCUUACUUACUUAAGGAGACUUCACAGCACCCAUUGUAAAAUUGAUUUAUUUUGGGAAUUACUGAUGGAUUUCCUCAUUCCUAGUUGAAAAAUUCUUAAUCAAGACUGAUGUAAAAUUCCCCAGGCCUUCUUCUCUAUACACCUGUUUCAGCUAAAACAGGCAUUGUUUGUUUAGAGAAAGGACAGGCUGGACUCUCAACGCAAAUGAGUCAUUGAUACAGUCUCAAAAUAUGCACCCAUAACAAAUUUGGCAUAUUUAACUCAAUUCAGAACUUCUUACUGCUAUGUAAUACCGUGGGAAUGAAAUACUUGCAGAUAGUUGUAUGAAUUUAUCCCAAAAAAAAAAAAGAAGCAGUCCAUCGCCGUCAUGUAACUAGUUCGCAAGCCUUGUGUUUUGGCAUAGUAUCCACACAUAAUACAGUGGUAUAAGUGUGCAGAUAAUACAGUACAGUGCAACGCCAUACAACACAAUACAAUGUGAUAUAAUGCAGUAAAGUAUGAUACAAUACAUUGAGAUUUAAGGGGACAUGAUAUAAAAUGAUAUGAUACACUGUGGCAUAAUGAAAUAUGACACACUUUAACAAAACACAGUACUAUUCAAUAUGACACAAUCUGAUACUAGCAUACAACACGAAGCAAAGCGACAUGAAAUUUUAACAUACAUCAGGCUCACAUGCUCCACACAUGAAGCUGCCUCCAGGCUGAUGUUUUGCAAUGCAACUGUGCUGGAUUUUGUCAAUUAAAAAACAUUUUAAAAAAUCAAUAAUAUUGCUUUAUAACCAUAGACUGAAUAUAUUACAGACAACUUGGCUCCGCCUUCAGUCAUUAUAUGAAUUUAAAACAGAAUUGCGCUCAGUAUUUCCAGAAUAUUCUCCACUUCCUAGAACCAACUCUUGUGCAGUAGCAUUGUGUGCAUUCGGUGGGACAGCCCUGUGAUGACGCUCGGCUCAAACAGCGUUUGAGCUGCGCAAUCUUCAUACGCCCAUAGGCUGUAUCAAGUGUCAAUCAUCGGAAACAUGAACCCCCUAAUAAUUUUUAGAAAAUAGAGCUGUACAGAAAAAAGAGGACUUGAGCUCAAACCAGUCUUACUGUAACAACAUGUCAACAUCACAAGCAGGAGGGAGAAAAAUUGACGCUUCAUUUUAGCUGCUGUCUCUUUAAGCUCCUCCUUUCUUCUGAUUGGUCGGCUCUGCAGAGGCUUUUUGGAGGCCAGCCAAGGGGCAGAGCUUGAUGUUAUGGGGCUGCCUCCUCUAUAGAGGCCAUGUUAAGCAAUCACGUUGUGCAGCGUUACCCCGUUCCUCUGAGGGUGUCACACCGCUGUGCCGGAAGCACAAAUUAACCAGUUAGAAGAUCUUUAUGUGAUGACCUCAUUAAUUCAACAAUUCCUGUGAUGUUGUGUGACUUUCCAACAAAUCAUUUUGAUUAGUUUACACCACUUUUUUAGGAUUAUUACAAAAUACAAUAACCCAGCUGUUAAAAAUUUGCAUAUUUUUAAUAUGGACACCCAACAUGGCAACUUUACAACUAUGUUUAGGAUAAGGUAAGAUAAGAACUCUAUCGCUGAGGGGAAAUUCAAUAAGGUUUAAUAAAAAGGGUAUAAAUUAAAUUAAAUUAAAUAUAAAAGGUGCACCAUUGACCCAAUAUUUCCCAGGUCAUAAAGAGGCCAAAUUGGUUGAGUACAAUUAAAUCUUCUUUUAAUCUAAGUGUAGCUACAGGGCUGCAGAAAAUGAAUUCAAGAAAUUUCCAUACAGUCAUAUUUUUGCAUUAACAUUUCAUAUGUAUAACUAUUGAUCUUGAAUACUGUGAAGAUCUAAAUCCACACCUGACAGAGUUAUUAAAAGGGCUGAGCAACACUCAGGGGACACUUUACCCCGGGCCACCAGGUCAGAGUGUCACCGAGUAACGAUUAAGACAAAAGGGGUCCCUACAGUUUAACAGUCCACUCUCACCAUUACACUCAUAGCCCAGUGAGUAAAUGGUCUUAACGAUGAGCUAAUAAGAGUCAUUUCUGCAGAUAGCUCCAUUAAUGUAAAACUCCUUCAAUAUCCACAUGUGUAGAGCGGGGGGUAAACAUGCAGCUUUAGUUGGGUGUUCUGUUACAUGUUGACAUUUUAAGUGUUUUAAUAUUUGAGGGGCAACAAAAAUUAUCAUUUUUUAUCUGUUGAGGAACAAUCACAAUAAUUACCCCUGAUUACCUUAUUGGGUAAUUACCUAGGGUGCAAAAAAUAUUAAGAAGCCCCCCCCCCCCCCCCCCCCCCCCACACACACACACACACACACACACACACACACUACCAAAGUGAGUGACAAAUCAAGAAGGUUUUUUGCAGAUAUCUACUCAAUAAUUUUUAUUCCUUUGAUUCCAUAAGUACUUGGGUAUAAGCUAAUACACAGUAUUUCACUAAUACCAGUACAUUGUUUUUUCAUUGAGUAUUGAUACACCAUUUGCUUACAUCACAGGAUUGGUUUUUGUAGUCAUCACCAAAUAUUUUGCCAAAUAUAUAUAUAUAUAUAAUUUUUUUUUUUUUUUUCGGGGUGUGUGUGUGUGUGGGGGGGGGGGGGGGAUUUUUGGGGGGGAUUUUGAUAAAAGAACAGCUCAGUUGUCAGUCAUCAGGAGUCAACUGGUGCAGACACACACACUCACACAUCCCACAACAUGUAGAUAUAUAGUUUAUUUUAGGAAAAGAUAUCUAUUAUCCCCAGGUUUAUAAUACUCACUUAUUUCAGCACUUUGUUUUCUCCCUCUUUCCUCUCUUUUUCUCUGCCACACACUCUAACACACACCCAUAUUGUCUGUCUCCCUCUCAACCAGCAUAUCUUUCACACACUCUCUCACUUCCUUGUCCUCUAGCUCCCCAGGCUCUCCUCCCCCUCCUACUCCUGCAGCUCAUAUAGGGCCCUCUAGUCUCAUUAUUACCUCUGUCUUUUUAUUAGGCCCAUUAGGGCUCUUAGGGGGCCUGUAAUGAUACUAAAUGAAUAGAGAGUGAACUGCUGUCUGUUUUAGACCCAGUUCUCAAUGGCAGCUUCAAGCCUCACUGCAAACCGCUCACUCUCUUCAUUGUGCUGAAGAGGGAUUCCAUUACUGAUCUGAUCUGUACCUGGACUGGACUGUAGCAUUACGAGAGUGCUGAUGUUCCUCAACUAAUAUCUAUCAUCCCAUUAUAAAUAGAAGAUCCUACACAUUAAGAUAAAUGAUGUUAUGGUGAAUCAUAUGGUACAACAGUUGUCUCAAAUGAGUCCCAGAAUGUCCAAAAUUAAAUACAUGUGCAACUAAAACUUCAAAUAUAUACAUCUAUAUAACUAUAUAUCUUUUUACAUUACCAAGAUGGCACCACAACACAGACACAGACACGACACGGUAUUUGCAUACUCUUAUAAGCUCUAGCAUAUUUGUCGUACUUUUGUGUUUUUGUUUGGGUUUCUGCUCUCCUUCCUCGGUAACCUUCACCAGAGAGGAACUCUUAAACAUUGUAAACCUUCUGCUGGACUUUUUUCUGCAGUUUUCAUAGGACACAGAAUGUUUUUCUGAGAUUUUUGUCAGUGGAGCACCUGCGUUCUCUGGAAUUUGCAGAAGAUGAUGUGAGAAGUGAGCCAAAGUGCUCAUGAAGCUGAGGCAGAGGGGUUUCCUCACAGUCUCCUAACCUGGCGAAAUGUCAACUUCCUAGCAAAUAAGAUGGGGGAGCUGCUGCUCAGAUAAAUAAGGACUUUGGCCGUGCAGCCACCCUAUAUUUUCCUAAAACCUGGCUCAAUGAACACAUCCCAGACAGAGCACUACAGCUCUGUCCAGUAUGAACCUGUUGGGAAAGAAGAGGGGAGGCAGAAUCUGCUUCUACCUGAAUAAAGGUUGGUGUACAGAUGUCACAAUGUUGAAGAAAUCAUGCAACCCUCAUUGAGAGGUCGCUUUCCUGAACUGUAAACCAUUUAAUUCACUGUUGGAGUUCUCCCCGUUUUGUUCUGGUUGGUGUUUACAUCCCCCCUCAGGCCUGUGUAACAGAGGAGUGACAGCACCUGCUGACCCCUGAUCAUCAUUCUUGGGGAUUUUAACAGAGCCAACCUCUGCACAUCCAUCACUGUUUGGUUUGGGUCCACCACCAGGCAGGACAAGAACAGACUGCAACAGCCGGGUGACCAGACUUCAAUUUCUGGGGACAGUCCUCAUUUAGGAUGACCUAAACACUCCCCCAACUUCUCUGUUUUACAAUCCCCUCUGGUUAUCUCUGUUGCUUAUUCACAUUUUUCGACCACAUGUUUCCCUUCCAUUCAACUUUCCAUACAUGUGCUUGGGUAAGUAUAUUGUAAGUAUAAUGUUCACGUAUAUUGUCUGCUCUUCUCGGUGGUCACUUGCUGAGCGGCGACGUCUAGUCGAUCCGGACCGAGCACUUCCAGCUUUAGUUAGUCCUGCAGAGUUCUCCUCUCAAACGGGACCUACUUGAUGGACAGCGCAGCGUUCUCCGGUAAAUCACUCAGUAGGGGGUUUGCGGUAGUCAUUCCCACGUACUCUAUCAUUAGCAGCCAAGUGCAGAGUGAGGGGCGGAACGGCUCCGAGUAGAGCACACAUUGUAACUAUGCGUCCAUUUGUGGCCAAUCUGGAUAUGAAUGUGCUUACGUCAUUCAAAUUAGGGAUGCUGGGGUGCCCGUCCCUGGCGCCCCAUAAAGUUUUUUUUAUGUGGCUAGGAUAAGCUAGCUUUUUAAUGCAGAACUGUGAUCUGAGCAUGCGUGAGGGAGCAGAAACCUUGGGCGCUGGCCCGUAGCGCCCCUAACGCUAAUGCACAACUGUGAUCUGAGCAUGCGUGAGACAACAGACGUUCGGAGUCCGCCCCGGCGCUGGGCGGAGAGAUGGCUAACGGACAGAAAUACACAUUUAAUGGAAUGAUUAAUAUAAUAGCGCCAUUUCUUUACUUUGAUAAUAAUUUUCAGGGAGACAGCAGAAAUCUCUUUUGCUCACGCAGCUCAGGCGGGGCUCCGCCUGGAGCGCCCUUAUAUACUGGCCGCCACUGGUGAACAGCCAGCUUCUUUAGCAAUGACCUUCUGGGUCUUACCCUCCUUUGGGACAACUUUUAAGUCCAUAGUCCUUCCCAUGAUUGUGUGACCUACUGAUCCAGACUGACAGACCAUUUAAAGACCCAAGACAUCCUUGCAGGUGUUUUGAACUAACUAUCUACCAUGAGUCUCCAAUAUUAAACUUCUUAACGAUAUUCUAAUUUCUGAGAUACUGAAUUUUGGGUUUUCAUUAGCUGUAAGUUACAAUCAUCAAAAUGAAAAAAAAACCUGAUAUACUUGAAAUGUAUCAGUCUGUGUGUAAUGAAUCUACACUAUAUCAUAUAUGAGUUUCACCUUUUGACCUGAAUUACUGAAAUAAACCAAGUUUUUGAUGUUUAUCUAAUAUAUUGAGAUGCACCUGUGGUAAGUUCACUGUGGGAGCUUAAAAUGUCCCAGAGUCACACUUUAAAUGGAUAUGAUGAUGGGCCAAUUUUUUUUUAUUUUGAUUUUCUUAUGGAUGGCAAUAAGCUGUAUGUAAUAUAGUCUGUCAAUGCUUGUUUCUGUCCACAAAAAUGAUUAGAAUUGAAAGAAAAGCUGUAAGCACAGAUAGUUCUGUGUCUUCAAUUGUCUAUUUUUAUAGCUUAUUAAAGUAAUUUCUUUGGCCCAUAAUCAGAUUUUAGCAGGUAUUAAACGGAAGCAUUUACAACCUCUCUAUCAGCUAUGCAGUUUGCCUCCCAGCCAAUAAACUUUUUACUCUUUUCUCUAAAUCUCCACUUUACUGCUUUUUGCCUUUAUAUGACAAUAGAAGAUAACGGUUCAUUUUAUUCCAGCACAGUGGAAACUUGUAGAGUCUCUUUAUAUUCUCUCUGAUAUCACAGAGAAAGAAAACUGCACCGACAGAGACUUAGACGUUCCCCACUUUGCUCAAUAUUGUGUCAUGUUUGGUCAAACGGCAGUAAAUCAGAAGGUGAAGUAUUGAUAUUUCGUCGGGGGGAAUCACCAUCUGCAGCGACACUUAACUCAGUCACCUCCGGGCAACACACCUGAAGCUCCAAGGUAACCUCCAGGGAGACAGGAAGUCACUCCAUCGCUGCGUAAAUUGAGUGGAAAAAAAGAAACAUGUUGCAGAGAGAAGGGGGAAAGACUGAUGAAGAAAAGGAUGAGACCGCCAGGGAGGGUGACAGAUCUUUCAGGAAAUGUGAGGAAACAGCAGAGACAAUAGCAGAAGAAAUGGAGCUCCAAGUCAAUACAUUUAAACUAUUUUAAUAUUUUCUACUGAACCACUGUGUGGUUGAGUUUCAUAGAAGCCUGAAAUAAGUAUGGUUAAAUGUCAGAGCUUUCUCAUUGACCGUACUUUUGCUUGAUACAAGUUUAGUUUUUCCCAGAUAUUUUUGAUGACACCACUACAGUUUGAGUUACUCAAACCUCCACACUUUUUUUAUGAGAAAAAACAGUAAAUUUAUCAAUACCUGAUGCAGCCCACUGUUUCAACAACCAGUGAACCUGUAGUUACUUCAAUCUCCCUGUUUAACGUGUACCGAUGUCCUCCAUCAGCUGUCUGUUUGUCAGAUCUGAGGCUUGGAUCGAUCCCCCUUUCGCAUUUGGUGGACUGAUUACAAUCUACUAAUCAAUGACACCCCCAGCACUCUUUUCUCUCUCCCUCAUUCUCUCUCUCUUUCUUUCUUUCUCUCUUCCUGAGUCGUUUCUCUAUUUGCUUGAUAAGAAACAUUAGGAGGACCUCUUUUAAGUCAUCCUGCCCAGUUCCCAUCUGUGUAGCCUCAGAUUUAAGUAAGCUGAGUACGGGGUUCACUGCCCUGGUCAAUAUCCCCAAUCACCAUCCCAUUCAGUAUAGAGCACUGAAAGGUAUUGUGGGACUUGAGGUUCUUUCAGAUGUCUGUCUGUUUGAUGUGGUGUGUGUGUGUGUGUGUGUGUGUGUGUGUGUGUGUGUGUGUGUGUGUGUGUGUGUGUGUGUGUGUGUGUGUGUGUGUGUGUGUGUGUGUGUGUGUGUGUGUGUGUUAAAACAUGAAGAACAGAGGUUAUGGGUUGACCUCAAGAUCUUGGAUGAAAUGUUGUUAGCUUGAUUUUAAAGUGGAAACACAAAAACUCAAGACGGUGUUAAGCAUAUCGAUGAAUAUAAUUUGCCUUUUUUUGUUUCUGCUUACUUUUUCUAUAAAAUUCCCACAUAAAUUUAUGGUAAGCCAAUGUGGAAAUGCAGGAAUUAAAAGUUAGGAAAAGUCACAACCAAGUCGCUGAUUCCUUUUCCCAGACCAAAGUGUGAUUGGAGCAAUCUUUGAGCACAUAAUGAAGCUUCUUUAUUUUCUGUUACUCUCAGUUACACUGUGAAUACAUCCAUUAAUAUGACACUGAUGAAAGGCAAAUAUAAGGAAUGAACACAGUGCUGGACUCUGCUCCUUGUGUACUUAAGAAAUGCUAACUUUUCUGUAGGUAAUGGUGGGCAGCGUGCCUCGGUCUACUCACUAACUCUUUCUCAUAUUUGUACUCUCUGGUGUAUUUCACUGGAUUGUUAGAUAACUAACACUCAUUUAGGAUAUUGGGGAGUCUAAAUUAGUUUGCACAAACCUGGUAGAAAGUUGGACUUUAUGUUGCCAGUUGAGCGGCCAAUCGUGGGUCUGUUUAUUUCACAAUGAUGAUGUGCAAAUAUGUGUGGUGCUCUCCACAAGUGCAGAGAGGGCAUUCCUUUCUGCGGCGUAGUGAUACUUGCACACGUGCUAUCGAAUAUGCAGAGGGGUGAAGCGAUUUUUGUCACGUUGACCAAUAGGAGCCGAGUCUCUUUGCCAUAGUAUCAGAAAUACAUAAACAUCUCGACGAGCAGAAAAGAAAAGGAAAAAAAGAAAACAGCCUUCAAAAGUGCAUAAAAAAGGAACUAAACAAUGCUAUAUGCAUCUAUCAUCUGUCCAGAGUGAAGACGUUCACGACUUUACAAGGACACGUUGGGAAACUUACAGAACUUGUAUUAGAAAGUGGCCCUCUCUACAGGGUGAGACAAAGGACCUUGCAGAAACUUAUAAACAUUGCGUUGAUAUCGACUUUGACAAUGUUCCUGAUGAUGCUGGGUUUCACAUGACAUGCUACCAGCGAUUUAUUUGCAAAAGGCGUUUGAGAAACAAGAACGUGAUGCAGCCGCGGGUCAGUCAAACCCCUCAGCCAGCAUCGCCGAUGCAUCCACGUCCACGGCAUCUCAAACUCUGCAUAAGAAACUUCGCUCGAGGUCAUAGGCUGUAUUUGGACAAAGGAAAAAGUGCCUAGAAAGUGAAUUCCGUUCAACUACGCUGGUGCCACUUGUUCAAUGCAUUUUUGCAUAGACAAUACCAUUCUGGACUUUGGGUUAAAAUAUCUACUCAGACUAUCUGUCAGGCUUUUGUCACCAGCCAGAAAUGUACAUAUAUGUGAGUAACCCAAAAAACAAUUAUAUGGUGCUGCUGUUUUUGCUUGUAGAAACUGCUAUGUUGAUUCUGGCAAGACAAAAUCUUGCCACUGAAGAGGAACGAACCAACACGAUCUCACUCAGCCAAUACAGCCUAAUACCUAAAAAGGGGCUUUCAAAAAGCAAUAAUGUUGGUAAUGACCGACAGUCUCCUAACAAAGGAGUGUAAAUCUUAUCACCAGCUCUAAUGUUAAAACUACACUGAGUCCACAAGACAAAUACAAAGUUCUUUACUCCUCAACGUUGCCUGCUUUUUGACUUCUUUUCUUCAAUCCCACUUCAUAACAUCUUGAUGGACCAAAAAAAUGGUGGCUGACAGCUUCUCUCUCUUUGCUGCAGGACAGAGAGAUUCGGAAGAUCUUACGUACCCACAGCCAUCAGACUUCUUAGUUCUUCUAUAAAUAGAGAUCCCUGCAAAUUAUCAUGAAUAAAUUGUUACCUUUAAAGUAAUUAAAAUCAAAGUACAGAAUAAGCUGAUGGCAUCUAGUGGGGGGGAUCAGUAUUUCCUUAACAAUUUUAUGCAUUACAAAAUUUCCCUUAAAUUUUCUGUUUUUUAAAAAUACAAAAAUGCAAUUUACUCUACAAAAUAAACUUAAGUAGUUCUAAUUAUACAGUCUGUUUUUGUUAUGAAUGCUCCUCCAAGAGUCAUGUCAGUUUUGAGUUUUUAAAAGGAAGUUAUCAUGGAAACUUGCCAAGUAUAUGAAAGAAGGGCUCUUUGUUAGUUUGUAUAUAACUGAAAAAAAACCAACUUCUUUUUAUUUUAAUUUAGUCUUAAAAUAGCCAAGAACAUGAGGAGGUUAGGUGUAAGAAUUUAUCUGCCCUCACCAAGGCCAAUAAGUUUAUGGACUGGAUUGCUUUAGUGGUGACUUACUCUGCUUGUUAAAGCAGUCCUGUCUCAUGUUUCAAAGGCUCCACAUUUGACUGAUUUAUAUGCUUCUAUAAGCUGCCACACAGCCAUCGGCCUCUGUUUCAUGUUGGACUUCUGUGGGGAUUAAACAGCAUUGUACAAACAGCCCAUAAAAUAUACAGUGGACUUCAGACAGUCAAUUACAGUAUAAAAAGGUUCAAUCGUAUUGCCAUGAUUUUUUAAGGAGUUAUAAAGUUAGAUGAAGAUGUAAAACGUAGUAAGCAAAAGGCGUGGAGAAGAAAUUACGACAAAAAACCUGACAAAUGUUCUUUAUUAUUCUGCAGGCUUUUCCACCCUCUCACUGGCAGACCAGAUGAGUCUACUACAGAGUGCCUGGAUGGAGAUCCUGGUGCUUAGCAUCGUAUUUCGCUCGCUGCCCUGCGAGGAUGAGAUCGUGUACGCAGAGGAUUACGUGGUGGAUGAGGACCAGGCAAGGAUAUCAGGUCUGUUAGAUCUGCAUGUGGCCAUCCUGCCUCUGGUGAGACGCUACAAGAAGCUGCGCAUGGAGAAGGAGGAGUUUGUCACGCUGAAGGCCAUCGCCCUCGCCAACUCAGGUACAGAUAACCUUUGCAUCAUCCUGAAGGUUAAGUGUAGAUUCAUGCUGUGAAGAAAAAAGAAUGAAUACAGGAAUCUUAACUGAAAAGUGUAGCAGAGGGAAUAGGAAAUCAGCCAAAUAUUCUUUGAGGACUUUCAAGAUAUGUUUGGCCCGAUAUCAGAUUUUCAACUGCUAUUUUGGACAAUAUUGAUAUUAUCAUAAUAUUUACAGAAAUCGUAGAGAAACAAAUCUGUCAAAUUAAGUAAAUGCACGACAAGAGUGAAGCACGUGUUACUUUGUAUAACCUACAAAUAAAUGCAAUCCAAAAUCAUGUCAUGUUCAAUGUGAUGAUGAUGAUUGUAAUUUAAGUUAUGAUUAAAUUCUGUCACCAGCUCCAUAACUUUUAAUGAAAGGGCGGUAUCAUCCAUUUUUAUCACACUCUAUAUUUCCUUUCUGAUACCUCUUUAGUAAUUUAACAUGAUUUUCAAUUUAAAAAAGCUCAAAUUUAUCACAGUGGUGUAUUAACAGUAUUUACAGUACUGUGGUUGUCACCUCACACAUUGUUGGAGGCAGGCCGUUCUGUUUUGCCGGACGCUCAGAUGAAUCAGUAAGGAAUUUCUAUAUUUCUUAUGUCAAAAUUUUAGUAAAUCUCGCAUAUAGACUAUAAUCCCGCAUUCGGCUGAGAUUUAAGCAGUUUACAUCUAUUUUUCAGGAUUAUUAAGACGUUUAUGUUUAUCCCGUGCUUUUAAACUUCACAUACAUGGAGAGUUGGUGAGAGCAGAGUGAUCGUAGAUGAAAAAUUAAGUUUUGAAGCCUUAGAGUUGCACCUAUCGUUUUGGGGAAGCCAGCAACUGCAUAAAAGGCAAGGGAGCUUUAUUUUAUGUUUUAAGUUUUAUUAUCUGCUCAUUGUAAACUUUAGUCAUUUGGUGCUUUUAGUAUUUAUUUUCCUUUCAGAACACAUAACUGUGUUCAUGAGUAUGCCAGGAAGCUACAUCUUUAUGUCCAAUCUUAAAAAACACCAAGAUAGUUUCAAUUAGAGCAUACAAAGAUGAAGCAAAAAUUGUCACGUGUGUGUCCAUAUCUGGUAGGUCAAUCACUUCCAUGUUGAAGGAUACCUGAUAAGACAGGACAGAAAGGUCACAGACAGGGUUGUUUAAUUUAAAGCUCCAUGUGUGAGAGAGAGUGUGUGUGUGUGUGUAUCCUUAUUUUAAUUUGUGUGCAGAUAUAUACGUGUGUGUGUGUGUGUGUGUGUGUGUGUGUGUGUGUGUGUGUGUGUGACUGUCACAUUGCGCUCUCAUUCUCUCCAUCUCCAUAACAGUAGCUGCCAGUGCGCCGCUGCCGAGGGAGAUAUAUUUAGCAUUUCAUUAGGAAAACAGGAGCUGUCAAUAAAAUGUGUUAAGUGGAGUGGAAUGAGCGUCGGGGAGCGACGGGCCUCGUUUGUUCCAAUGUGAAGAUGCUGCACCCGUAUCGACAGUUUGCUUUUCAUGAGGCCUGGCCUGUCCCCCUUGCUAAUCAAUGCCUGUUAGGAGUCUUUUCUCCUGCCUGCCUGAAAAAUGAAAAAUGCUGAGCCCAGAGCUUUAGUCUUCUGAUGACAAACUCUCUGUGGGUGGGAAGGAGAGAGGAGGGAAGGAUAAACAGGAGAAGACAGGAGAGGAAGAAAAACGAGGGGGGAGGGGGGGAGUUGAUGGAAAGAGAGGGUUGUAAAGGUAAAGGAGAAGUGUGAGAGAGGAAGGCCGGGGUGGAGAGGGAGGCUCAGGGAGGGCGAGAGGGUAGCUUCUGCUCGUUUGAACACGGUUUCGGAGAGCUCUGGCUCCUGGGGUCCUGUGGGUGUGACAGCUGUGGAAAUUCAUGGCCAUUGAUUUUGUAAUUAGCGGAGUAUCGACGGGAUUGACGCCAGGCUGCUGACGGAUUACAUGGAAAUUGUUUCUUCAAAGUUAGUUUCGCAUUCCGCCCCUAACCUCCACACGCACACACACACACACACACACACACGACAACACUCUCCCUAUGCUUUCCACACACUGACACACAUUUCAAAAUAUAUUUCCUCUCCCCUCCUCUCCCUGCUUCACACACAUACACACACAGACUUGUUCUCUCAGCCAAACGAGGAUCAGAUCAGUAUUAACAUGAACGUUUCAAAUGAAGAGUGCUGGAACACAUGUGCGGUCCACAUAGCCUAGUUAAUUUCCCAAGAUAGAAACGCAAUUUACACAGAAGGCGACUGGUAAAAGAGACUUAAUCAGUCAGUUAGGAACAUAAUUAGCCUUGUACUUUCCCUUUUUUCUGCCUCAUUUACAUGUUUGUACAUGGUCUUACUUCACUCCCCAACUUUCCCACACCAAGCACAGCUGAUCUAAUUCUCUCACUGGCUUCAAUAAUCAACCAUGAGUGGUUAUGCUUUAGUAAAUUAGGGUGUUUAAGAUAUCCAGUCUGUAUUUGUAAUGCACAAUUGUAUCAAUCCCUUAAAAAAGGGAUGGAUGUGAUGCAUCCACAGAUUUAUCCGGACACCGUCCAUCCUAACAGAGAUACUGUCUGAAACCAAACCACUGCUCGUCCAUUCAGACUCUCUCUGUCAGCUCGUCCUUUAGAGGACAAGCCUGCUUUUUUUACCCUGACUUGUAGAUUUACACAUAGAGAGCAGUUUUUAAUAAGUCUCUACUGGUUUUAUUUUAGAGCCUAUACAUAAGGGGGCCAACUGCUCUUUCUUAUGGAAAUGAAGGCCAUCUGCUGCCAUCAUUCAGCUGAACGAUAUCCUAGUAAUGCAGCCAUCUGAAUUCAUUAGCAGAGGGGGAUGUAUGUGGUCCAUGAUACCAAAAGAAAUGAAUCUCUUCCCUGUCCCACCAUGUAUUUAUACAGACCUGCAGUACCUCUCCCUCUUCUUCUUUUUCCCUAGAGUCCAGGCCGUGCGAAGGCAUUUAUUUAAGGAGCAUCAUUAACCACUAACAAGAGAAAACCUCUCUGCAAAAUUGCAGGUUUGCAAAGAGAGGCUGCUGAAUCUAAAGCUUUGGAACACCAAGUUGUUGCUCCAGAUGUAUUUUAUUUUUUUCUGCAGAUGAAUAGGGAACCUCUGAUUCUCAUGUAAUAUUUUGCUUUAGAAAUGUAAUCGUCCUGUGCUUCUUCCUGCAGACUCCAUGCACAUAGAGAAUAUCGAGGCAGUCCAAAGGCUCCAGGACUCUCUCCAUGAGGCCCUGCAGGACUUUGAGGGCUCCCAGCACCCGGAGGACCCUCGACGGGCGGGGAAGCUGCUAAUGACCCUCCCUCUUCUCCGUCAAACCGCAACCAAGGCUGUGCAGCACUUCUACAGCAUUAAAAUGCAGGGCAAAGUCCCCAUGCACAAACUAUUCCUUGAGAUGCUGGAAGCCAAGGCUUGACACAUGGGCCUCCAGGUGUUUGACAGACAGCUGCUACAGCCAAUGGGAGGCAAGGGACAGUUUAUUAAAAAAAUAAAGGCAGUGUGCCAAUUGAAGACUUAGACAAUAGCGAAGAUGUCUGAGUCAUUUGAACUCUUUUAAAUGAUGAUAAGUUUAAAAGAAAAAGAGACUUGAAAUGAUUUUAAAAAGGGUGAAUAUCAACCUGAUGAAACGGGA